AUGUUGCGAACUGUCCUUCGUCAAUCCGCCCGCCGUGCCGGUGUUGUUGCCGCUCAGCGUGCCGCUGCUGUUGCUCCCCGUGUCAUCGUUGCCAGAAGAGGCUUCGCUGAGGCCAAGGCCACCCCUACUGAAGUCUCUUCUAUCCUCGAGGAGCGCAUCCGCGGUGUCUCUGGUGAGGCCGACCUCAACGAGACUGGCCGUGUCCUUUCCGUUGGUGACGGUAUCGCCCGUGUUUUCGGUCUUAACAAUGUCCAGGCUGAAGAGCUCGUUGAGUUCUCUUCCGGUGUCAAGGGUAUGGCCCUUAACUUGGAAGCCGGCCAAGUCGGUAUCGUCUUGUUCGGUUCUGACCGUCUCGUCAAGGAAGGUGAGACUGUCAAGAGAACCGGUUCCAUUGUUGACGUCCCCGUCGGCCCUGGUCUUCUCGGCCGUGUCGUUGAUGCCCUCGGUAACGCCAUUGACGGUAAGGGCCCCAUCGAGUCCACCGAGAGAAUCCGUGCUCAGGUCAAGGCUCCUGGUAUUCUUCCCCGUCGCUCUGUCCACGAGCCUAUGCAGACUGGUCUUAAGUCUGUCGAUGCUCUUGUCCCCAUUGGCCGUGGUCAGCGUGAGUUGAUUAUUGGUGACCGUCAGACUGGUAAGACCACUGUCGCCAUCGACACCAUUCUUAACCAGAAGAGAUGGAACAACCUCUCUGACGAGACCAAGAAGCUUUACUGUGUCUACGUCGCUGUCGGCCAGAAGAGAUCCACUGUUGCUCAGCUCGUCCAGACUCUUGAGCAGAACGAUGCUCUCAAGUACUCUAUCAUUGUUGCUGCCACUGCUUCCGAGGCUGCUCCUCUUCAGUACCUUGCUCCCUUCACUGGCUGCGCCAUUGGCGAGUGGUUCAGAGACAAUGGCAAGCACGCUCUUAUCAUCUACGAUGAUUUGUCUAAGCAGGCUGUUGCUUACCGUCAAAUGUCUCUUCUUUUGAGACGUCCUCCUGGUCGUGAGGCUUACCCCGGUGAUGUCUUCUACCUCCACUCUCGUCUUCUUGAGCGUGCUGCCAAGAUGUCUGAGAAGCACGGCUCUGGUUCCCUUACUGCCCUCCCUGUCAUUGAGACCCAGGGUGGUGAUGUCUCUGCUUACAUUCCUACCAAUGUCAUUUCCAUUACCGACGGUCAGAUCUUCUUGGAGGCUGAGCUUUUCUACAAGGGUAUCAGACCCGCCAUCAAUGUCGGUCUUUCCGUUUCCCGUGUCGGUUCUGCCGCUCAGGUCAAGGCCAUGAAGCAGGUUGCUGGUUCCCUCAAGCUGUUCUUGGCCCAGUACCGUGAAGUCGCUGCCUUUGCCCAGUUCGGUUCCGAUCUUGAUGCCUCCACCAAGCUUACUCUUGCCCGUGGUGAGCGUCUUACCCAGAUUCUUAAGCAGAAGCAGUCUUCUCCUCUUGGUGCUGAUGAGCAGGUUCCUGUUGUCUUUGCCGGUGUUAACGGUUUCCUUGACAAGGUCCCUGUUGCUGAUGUUGCUAGAUACGAGUCUGAGCUCCUUUCUUACCUUAAGGCCAACGAGUCUGGUAUCCUUUCUGCCAUUGCUGACAAGGGUGAGCUUACCAAGGAACAGCUUGCUCAGCUUAAGGAGGCCACUGCCACCUUCUCUGCCAACUUUGCUUAA